AUGGCCACCCCAGAUGACGACGAUGCCCGCUUUAUGGAGCUCGAGACCCUCGAAGCCAUCUUUCCCGAGAUACGCCGGCCGAGUGAUGUGCCCGGAUUUGUCUUUGAACUCGAGCUUCCUGUGCGACCUGCCGAGCCGGUGACGGUUCUGUUUCCCGCCGCCGAAGGGGCCGCCCCGGACGGCAAGCAGCCUGCCGCGUCGUCGGCAUCAUCAGCAGCCGUGCCAUCUUCCUCAACCUCGUCGGCCCCGGCUGGGCCAGCCGCAGAGCCCGUCGACUCUCUUCUAGUCUCCCACCUCCCACCAGUCUCCCUGCGCAUCGUCCUCCCCGACGGCUACCCGGCCGACAAGCCGCCUCAGGUCUCCAUCUCCACCACGCCGCAAUGGCUCUCCCGCGAGACCCUCGCCAGCCUUGAAGGCGAUGGGCCACGCCUGUGGGAAGAGGCCGGCCGUGACAUGGUUGCCUAUUCCUACAUUGACCAUGUCCAUCGCGCCGCCGAGGACGUCUUCGGAGCCGUGACCGCCGAAGGCACCCUUGCGGUCCCUCCAGAACAUAAGCUCGCCGUCCUGGACUACGACAUCAAGGCAAAGCGGGCAGCUUUUGAGAAGGAGACGUUUGAAUGCGGCAUCUGCUUAGACCCCAAAAAAGGAUCCAAGUGUCACAAGAUGCUCGACUGCGGCCACAUCUUUUGCCUGCAGUGCCUCCAGGAUUUCUACAACGACGCCAUCACCGAGGGCAACCUGUCCACCGUGCGCUGCCUCACCCCCAACUGCGCCAAGGACCGGGCCGCCGCCACAGCUGGAGACGCCUCGCGCCGGAAGCCCAAGACCUUCAUCAGUCCCAGCGAGUUGCUCCAGAUCGGACUGUCCGAGGAUGCAGUCAAGCGCUACGUCACGCUCAAGUACAAGACGGAGCUCGAGUCGGACAAGGACACCAUCUACUGCCCGCGCCAGUGGUGCAAUGGCGCCGCGCGCUCCAAGAAGCACAAGAAGCCCGAGGGCCUGCAGUUCAGCGAGGCCCCUGACUCUGACGCCGAUGACAGCGACGACGGCGGAGAAGACCCUACCGACGAAAAGGCCGCCGAGGAGCAUCGCGACAGGAAGAAGAAAGCCAAGGCCAAGGCCGCCGCCAAGUUCAACGCCGCCGACCUCCUCUCCGUAUGCGAGGACUGCGGUUUCGCCUUCUGCAGCCGCUGCCUGCAGACCUGGCACGGCGAGUUCGUCCACUGUGUGCCCAAACGCACUACCGACGAGCUCACAGAGGAGGAGAAGGCCUCGCUCGAGUACCUCCAGCUACACACGAGCCCCUGCCCGACGUGCGCCGCGCCCGCUCAGAAGACACACGGCUGCAAUCAUAUGAUCUGCUCGCGCUGCGAUACGCACUUCUGCUACCUGUGCUCCUCGUGGCUCGACCCCGGGAACCCCUACAAGCACUACAACCAGCAGGGCGACGGCAAAGUCACCUCGUGCUACAUGCGCCUGUGGGAGCUCGAGGGCGGCGACGGCAACGACGUCGGCAUCGGCUUCGUCGGCGGGAGAGGCGCCGCCGCGGCGCCCGCACCAGCACCAGCCGCCGCCGGGGCGGUCCAUCAUCUCGAGGACGAUUUCGAUGCCGACAUCGAUGGAGGAGCUCCCUGGCAAUUCGGGGCGGCCGACGAGAGCGAUACCGAGACCGAGGAUGGCAACGAGCCCCCGGCCGGCCAGGCGCCCAACGGCCAGCCAGCCGUCGCAGUCGCCAGGGAGGCGCCUCUCGUACUGCGCCUCGUGGACAAUCAACCCCGACGCGCCGCCCAGCCUGCGCCCCAGCAGCCUCCGCCUCCAGCCGCCAGGGGCCGAGGCGGCCGCGGCCAACAUCACCAACAGCACCAGCACCACCAUGGCCCCCAUCGCGGAGCCGCCAGGGGCGCAGACCCCCGCGCCGGCGGCCGAGGCGCGCCACUCCAGCGCGGUGGCCGUGCCGGCGGCGGUGCUGUCAGGGGCGGAGGCCGACCCGCCCGGGGCGCCAACGCGGGCGGCCGGGCAGCAGUAGCUCGUGGGGGCGGUGCCGCUGCCGCCGCCGUCGCCGCGCCAGAGCAUCGUCGUCACCAACAACAACAGCAGCCGCAGCAACAGCAUCAUCACCAACAGCAGCAGCAACAGCAACAGGGGCAACAACAGCCGCCGCCACCUGGAGGCAACAACAUCGCCGCUGGUCUCGACCCCGCCCAGGAGGCAUGGGUCCGGCGCUUCGUCCAGAUGGCGCUCCUGGACGAGGAGGACCAGGUCGAGGGCGGAGACUCGGACUCGGACGACGAGAACUGGUUUUUGCGGUGA